AUGGGUGAACCGGUGGCCAAUGGUGACUCUUUCAGCUACAACAAGCACGCGCGCAAUCUACCCAUGUUUCAAGGUUCCAUUCCCAUACAACAGGUACGGUCAAUCGCUGGAGCGCUUUUACUAUUCAAGUUUGACAUUGUGGUACUGAAGCUCGUGUGUAGAUUGCUGUUCUCUCGUUUACAAGAUCUAAUGGAGGCGUCGCGUGUAUUCAUUCCCAAGUUGUCCACAACAACACUUCUUUACGCUGCCUCUUUUGGAUCGACUUGUUGGAUGAUGGUACCUGUUGGCAGUAGCAAGAUAUUGAUCUUAAAGCAAGGACGCUGUACGUUGGUUCAAUGCAGCAGCAGCACAUACUGGAUCGGAUGGAUACAAGGUUAUUUGCAAGCGACGAUGGAAUGGUAUUGGGAACACCUCAAGGGGGAAGGCCAUGUUGUGGUACGCGGAUAUUACGUUGGGCUCACGGUGCGACUUCGGUUUAAAAAUGCACCCUCUGACCUUUCGUGGAGAACAAAGUAUAUGCUUCCCAUCAUUGCACUGCUAUACUUUACUCGACUUGGAAGACGAUGGGUGUCUUUCUUGGCAACAUGGCUGGACCCACGGCUAGUGGUGUUAAAGUCGGCUGGGGAGGGGCUUCGUGUCACCGUUAAAACCGGUGUUUUGACGCCACGUUCCUACGGGAGGCUAGAAGGCAGUACGGAUACUACAUUCCUUGGCAAAUUGGAUUUACAAUACAAGUGCUAUCAAUAUACAAUGGAACAGCAGCAGCACAAUGUGGAUGGCAUGGAGAUACGGAAUUUGUUUGAGGAGGCAAGGAUACUAUUGAAGUAUCGCAAGGUGAACUAUGUUAGGAUCAAGCAGCAUCGUCUUUGGGAUCAAGCAGCAUCGUCUUUGGCAUCUUUGGUAUCAGCAGGUCUUAUUACAUCGUUCGAUAGUCCUCGUUACCAAGUAUUAAAAAUUCCUUUUGUGAAUCUGCAACAACUUCUAUUGUCUUAUGGCUCUGGUUGUCAAGUACUACUUCAGUGCUCUGGAAAAUCAGCUAUCUGCAAGUCGUCUCUUUAUGGAUGGAUCUUUGAGCAAUGUUUGUUCUCGGUGCCAUGGCGGAUAUCAUUCCUCAAGUACCUUGCAUGA